GUGAUGACAUUGAAUGCUAAUCCCCUGCGAACCAAUCAACCAAUGUGAUAAACUACGGUAGUAUUUUGUAUUCUAACAGUUUCAUAGCACAGUAACAAAUGACUGGAGGAUUAGUUUCUCCAUGGAUUCUGGGUACUUUUCUUCCUUCCUCAUCGGAAUUCUCAACAUCGUCGCCUUCUCCGGCUAAUUCUGUGUGUCGAUCUCACUUCAGAGCACCAAAAGACCUUAAAUUUGUCCUCCAUGAGGCGCUCGAUUUUGCUGGAUUCAACACUACCUAUGCUAGGGAAGCAAGAAAGGGUUUCUGCUUACAAAUUCAGAAGUUGUCUGGAAUAGAGAGGGAAACAAGCAUAAUCAUCAAUAGAGGAGUAGACUUGGGGAAAACAGCUCUUUACAUAGCAGCAGAAGAUGAUUCACUCAUCUCUCACUCUUCUGUACCACUUCCUGUGGAUGCUUUUAUUGACAGAUUAGAUGAUCUUUCUAUGGAUUACUGCUCACGCUACAGUUCAUCAUUUAGAUCAUCUCCUGAUAUUUUCCUCGAGUGCCUUGAGAGAUACAUGUAUGUUGACAAGGGCUUUCGGAGGAGCAACUCAAGGAAUCAGUUGGAGCAACGAGCAGUUUAUCUUCAUUCAGUUUUGACUCAUCGUGUGGGGUCAAUUUGUAUGCUUUCAUUGAUAUAUUCUGAGAUCUUGAAGAUGCUUCGAAUGUGGGGUCUUGUGAAUUUUGAUGUUGAAAUAUCUUCACCAAAUGAUUCUUAUGGUUCUCCUAGAGGCUAUCUGAAACAGAGAAGUACAGAGUCUGAUCAUCAACAUAUCAUGACAACUGAAUCACUGUUACUGAAGAUUUUGAGAGACUUGAAGCAUGCUUUUUGGCCUUUUCAAGUUGACCAAAGUAAAAGCCCAUUUCUAAGAGCAGCAGAGGCUGCUAACUGCUCUGAUAGAUCUGCAUAUAUUGACAAAAGUGGAUUGGAGGUUGCAUCUGCAAAGGCUGCAAGGCAUAGAUUAGAACGUGGUGUUUGGACAAGUGUUAGGUUUGGGGAUAUAAGGCGUGCACUCUCUGCUUGUGAGCGGCUUAUUAUUCUUGAAGCUGAUUGUAUGGAACUAAGAGAUUAUGGUGCUCUCCUUUAUCACUGUGGAUUUUACAAGGAAUCCUUGCAAUACCUACACUUAUAUAAGGAUUCACAGAAGCAGAUGAAGCAAAUACCGGAUUCACUAGAGGAAGAAGCUUUAGAGAAGUUAAUCAUACGUCUUAACCUUAUAUUAAUGGAGGACAAAAUGGCUAAUAGACCUUCAUCCAUUGGAAGCUCUCUAUACAACAACACUGAUCCUUGGUAAAAUAAAAUAAAAUAUAGAGGUUGUGAUUAUUAUGCGUAUUCUUGACUUGUAAAUAAUGUAUAUGAUCUUGUCAACUACUAGUAUUUUUUGUUUGAUGUUGUUUAUACAGAAGAGCCUUUUAUAAGUUCUUUGUUGUUA